UUUCCACAUUGCGGGACACAAUAUCAUGGAGAGUAUUCCACAUUCAAAAAUGUUGGUGAACGGUGCGCUCUUUGUGCUCUUCAUGGGCACCGUCUGGACGGAUGUAAUAUUGAACAAAUCGGGAAGACUGCGAUCUCUACCUUACAACUGUGUCGAGGCAGUGUGCGCCGCUGGUUCAGAGGCCAAAAGUGGCAUCUACCAAAUACGCUUGCCGUUAGAUGGUUGGGCGCAUCGACCCUUCUACGUUUACUGUUUACUCGAUGACAAAGGCGGUGACCCCUGGUUGUUGGUACAGCGUAGGCAAGACGGAGAAGUUAAUUUCUAUCGCAACUGGAAUGAUUACAAGGCUGGCUUUGGAAGCUUGGACACAAGUUUCUUCAUCGGCUUGGACAAACUGCAUGCACUCACACAGGUGCAACUGAAUGAGCUACAAAUCGUAUUGCAUGAUUUCGACGAUACCGUUAAGUACGCCAACUUUAAAAGCUUCGCUGUGGGCGACGAGAACGAAAAAUAUGCAUUGAAUAUAUUGGGAGACUUUUCUGGAAGUGCGGGCAAUGGCACGCUCUACUAUAACAGUGGGCAAAAGUUCAGUACAUACGAUAUGGUGAACAACUUUAAACCUGGGCGUGAAAAUUGUGCGAAAUAUUACAAAGGGGCCUGGUGGUUCAGAGGCUGUUUUUGGAGUCAUCUAAAUGGCGAGUAUAUUAAUGGUACUAUCCGUAAUGGAGAAAAAGGCAUCAUCUGGAAUACAUGGCGAGGCGUCAACUAUUCGUUGAAAUAUGCACACAUGGCUAUAAGGCCAAUAGAUAGUACAGAAAUGCGGGUACAUGGAUGUAGGAAGAAGAGACAUGAGAAACGUCAAUGUAGGAAGACGAAAAAUCGGGCACAAAACACGACAAAUAAAGACUAGAUAAAAAGUCAUACCAUAUAUGAAUUGUAUAUUAAUUGCUAUUCGGUGCUUAUAGUCAUAAAGUAAGUCCGAAAGAGACAUUUUUUUAGGACUUAGAAGUUGUUGCAACAAAUCCGGGAAUGUUCUAGAAAUAAAUCAGCAAUUCAAAUGCAAAGUCGUGUGUUU